UCCUCGAAGUCUGAAGAGCAGCAGUGGGGUUCCUCGUCGUCGCCGUGCCAGUCUCCACUUCCAAGUUCCAAUCCAAAACCCCAUGUCGACGCCGGCGGCCAGUCUCCCGCCGCCGUCCUCCUCCUCCGCGGCCGCGCCUCUCCCGGACCUCCUCGAGUCCGCCACCUUCGCGCCCCCCGCGCCGCCGCCCCCGCCGCCCACCCCCUCCGCCAUCCUCUCCGCCUGGUCGCACCUCCGCAGCCCCCCCGCUCCCUCCUCCACCCUCGCCGCCCUCGAGACGCUCCACCUCCACCACCGCUCGCUGCGCCUCUCCUCCGCGCACCUCGAGCUCCUCCUCCCUCUCCUCCCGCUCCACCCGCGCCUCGUCGCCCCGCUGCUCGCCGCCUCCCCGCCGCAUCUCCUCCGCGCCGCCGCGCUCCCCCUCGCCUCCCUCCCUCUCUCCCCCCGGCUCCUCCUCCUCGGCGCGCUCGCCGGCGCCAAGAGCUCCCAAAAUCCCACCACCAGCAGUACUGCUGCUACCUCAGGGAGCUCUGCCAAGGAGAAUCUCGGCGGUGGUGAACAUGAUGCCGACGAUCCUGUCGCGGCUGUGAGUGUCAUCCUGGAGAAUAUGGAGCAGGGCAGUGAGAGCUGCAAUGACUUUGAUCACCUCGCGCUUGCAGGGAUCGGUUAUGCGCUGGCGAACGCUGAUGAGCUGCAGUUUGGGAGGAUCAUUGGGUCCUUGGUUAGGGUUUGCGGGAGGAUCGGAAACCUAGGUGUUGGUGUCAGGGUGUUUAAGCUGGUGGAGUGGCUGGUCUUGGGAUUCGUCGAGUCGAGGCGGAUGCGGAAGGUUCAGGUUCUCUUAGAGCUGAUUUCGCCUGAGAAGUGCGAGAGCCAGGGUUAUGUGCUGUUUCCGGUGGUGAUGGCAGCUUGCGGCGCACUACGGGCGUUGAGGGUUGCUGCCGUGAGACACAGGUUGGACUUUGCUCCGAGGUUGAAGGAGGCGCCUGAACGAACCGUUCGUUUUGCAGCUGCGAGAGCGACUGUAGAAGGGAGAGGAGAUGAUGAUCUGCGACGUGUUCUUAUUCAGUGUGUUGCGUUGGGCUUGGCACGGUGUGGGCAGGUUGCGUUUGAUGAGUCAGUGUUACAAUGUGUUUGUAUGGCACUGCUGGAGGAGCUCAUCCCUCUCCCACAUCUGCUUAGGAUGUCAGUCAAGAGUUCAGAUGGUAGUUCUGCUGAGCUUGUCAAGAAUCAGGUCAAGCAGCACCAGGAUAGUGUCCUUUUCAAAGAGGCAGCACCAGUGACUACACUUCUGUGCAGUCAGUAUACAUUUGCUGAUGAGAAGGUUAGAAAUCAUGUCGAAACUUGUGUAUGUGAAUAUGCACAGGAGCUGUAUUGUCAUCUUCGUGCAGCGGUGUUGCUGCACCAGGCGAAACAGAAGGAUCUGCUUGCGGAGAUUGAUAAGAUUGCUGAGGCAGCAUUUCUUAUGGUUGUAGUCUUUGCAGCACAGGUCACGAAAAAAAGACUAGAUGCUAACUCCUCAGGCGGGUUCCAGCCAGAGGUUGCUGUUAGGAUAUUGGUUGCAUUCUCUUGUGUAGAACAUCUGAGACGCAUGCGCCUUCCUGAGUACACUGAAGCAAUCCAGUGUGCUGUCGUUGUCAAUCAGGAGAAUGCGGCAGCCAGUGCUUUGUUCAUUGAGUCAAUGCCUUCUUGUGCUGAAUUGACAAGCAAACCAGAUUUACUAACCUUGGAUGGAACAAGAUAUAUCUGGUACAGAGAUGAGGUCCAGACAUCACGCAUACUGUUUUACCUGAGGGUUGCACCUACUUGUAUUAACCUCAUUCCAGCACAUAUAAUUCGGGAUAAAUUAGCUCCGGUCAUGUUCCUAUACAUACAGCAUCCGAGUGACAAAGUAACACGUGCUGCACACUCACUGAUGGUAUCAUUCCUUUCAUCUGGCAAUGAUACUGAACAGGAUGAUCAAGAUGCUUUGAAAGAGCAACUUGCCUUUGACUAUGUCAGGAAAUCUUUGGAGGCUUAUCCUGGGGUAACCCCAUUCGAAGGAUUGGCAUCAGGAAUUACAGCACUUGUUCGGCACCUUCCUGCAAAGAGUCCUGCCAUUCUUUUCUGUGUCCAUAGUCUUGUUGUCAAGGCUAAAGAUCUUUGCAAUACAUCAAUGGUUCAGGACAGAUCCUUAUGGAGGUCAUGGGAAGAUAGCACAGAACCUUGUAAGAAAAUAUCAGAUUUGUUGCUACGGCUCAUCUUCCUUGUGGAUAUUCAGUCAUUCUCUUAUCUUCUCAAGGAGCUGGCAGAAUUUGUCACUUGGCUGCCCAAGGAAGGUCAGGAUGUGCUCCUCGAUGACAUGCACACCCAUGUCGCAGAAUCUGACGAUGUUGUACGAAAGCCUGUGCUUGUAUCGUGGUUGCAGUCCCUGUCCUACAUAAGCUCGCUAGCUACUGUUCAUGAAUCCAACAAUAAGGCCGGAAAUGCUCAUUCUGCUGGUGGAGUUGAGUUGAGCCUGAACAGAACUGUUGCUCGUCUGUGACAUCAUCUUGCUCAUACUUGUUUUCGAGCUGGAACACACGUUUCAUGUGCCAUGCUUGUACAUUGACAGUGUACAGAAUAGAAUGAGAAAGAUAAAUGUUGAAAGUAUAGCACUCUAUUUUCUUUCUUGA